AUGUUACAUUUUAUUCGCCGUCGUGCUCUACUCAUGUGUACUUUAUCAGAAUUAAACAUCGAAGAAGAUUAUUGGAAACAUGUUGCUGAUGAAGCAAUGCCUACUGUAAGAUGGUUAUCUCAAGCAUCUAAAGAUAUAACGAAACGAAAUUCCAUUAACUGGGAUUAUCCUCGAACGGAACACAACAUAAGACAUCGACAAAGAUUAAUUUAUAAUAGACUACAACAAGCAGAGGCGAACUUGAAGGUUCAUUUACAACAAAGUCCUCCAAGUGCAGAAGCACAAGUCAAAAAUGACUUACCUUCUCGUCCACCACCAGCACAUAUCACCACUGAAGAUCGUCCCAUGACUUCAGCUGAGGCUGGUUUAACAUUCCCGGUGGCGGGAAAGAAACCAUCUUCGGUCGCUAAGAAGGAGACAAAGUCUCCUGAUAAUAUUAAUAAAAAGAAAAAGAAAAGCGAUAGAUGGCUCGAGUUUAAAGCUCGAAAUAAAGCAGCUAAAGAAGCUGCUAAAAGUGCUCCGCGUGCUCUUCCUCCUCCUAAGCCUAAAGCCUACAGUGCAGGUGGAACAACCACCUAA